AUGGCUUCACGGACUUUCUCCGCUGUUUUCGUCGCUCUCUGUGCUUUCCAGGACAUCAAUUCCGUGACGGGCAACGUCAAUGACUGCGACACAGAGUGUGCCACAACUUACCCUGGGUCAUAUUGUAAGUAUUGGAAGACGCCGAGCACCUGCUUCGGCUCGGAUGCCUCAUGCUUCUGCGGCACGAGUGUACCGACUGAGGCUCUCCGAGGUUCCACAUCCUCUGCUGCAGUCACGGAUGAGGUCACUGAGGCCGCUACAAGCGAAGAAGGUACGACAGCAGCUCCCGAAGCGACGAGUACGACUGGUUCUGAAGCUACUGUCGAUGCCACAGUGGCGGCCAGUACAGCUGCUGUGACCGAUGAGGUGGCUGUCACUACUGCACCUCCUGUGACUGGCGAAGUGACCAUCAGCACGGCAGCUGGAGAAGCUCCCG